GUUGUUUAGUCGUAGUUUAGUGGUCGUUGGUCGUAGGAGUGAAAGUGACAAGGACGUUGAGCGCCGCGACGGCGACGCUGAUACGGUCUGUAGCGGCGAGAUGGACACUCCAGAACAUCUAGUUUUUCUAAUAUGUUUACAUUAUCUGGCAAUUAUCGUAAAAAGCCAAGCCUGUGGGCCAGGUCUGAUUUUAACAUUUGCCAAGAUUCCCAACAUGUUGCCCAGGACAGCCUACCCUCCUGUGUUACUCUAUGGGCAGGCUCCAGGUGUGGCCAUCACAGCUACAUGCUACAACAGAUGUAAAGAGUCCUCCAACUGCGACGGAUUCAUCAUGGACUACAAGCAAGGAGCAUGUUACCGAGUCAAUAUUGGUCGACAAUAUGAAGACUACCAGUUUCAACCAACCGUUCACUUCUACAGGAAAGUUUGUUUGAGAGUUCCCAGAGAAUGCAUACAGAGAGCGUGGCCUGUGGAGUAUAUACCAGGAUACAAACUACUGGCAGAACAAUCUCAAGUUGUCCCCAACAUUGCUGACAAAUGGAUGUGUGCCCAGUUGUGUUUCAACGGCAGCCAGGGUGCGCCACCGUGCAGGUCCGCGCAGUACCAGGCAUGGUCGCGCACGUGCACGCUCAGUCAGUAUGACCGACACACCAGCCCUGAGAGCUUCACUCCCUCGGUAGCCUCGAACAGGGAGUUUGACUACAUGGAGAACCAGUGUCCGGUAUUCAAUGGGUACACACCUGAGGGGCAACCUGCGGUUGAAGAAUAUUGUUGGCAUGAUCCCAUCUACAAUAAAACUACUCUGCGAUCAGACAAAGAACUGGACAAUCUAACGGAGAAACAGUGUGAAUGGAGAUGUCAAACGGAAGCUUCGUUUCCCUGCGUAGCGUACACGUACCAAUGUCCCGUCUACGGCAACAGGAUCUCACGCUGUGUUCUACACUCGGACGAAGUGACAUCUCGGGUGACUCCCCUAGUACCACAGCCCUGUACCACUUACAGGGAGCGGAUAGCCUGCCUAGAUUUGUCCAUCCAAUGUUCACCGGCCUCCAUCGUGGUCACGUUGAGAGAACGGAUGUUCGCUGGACAGAUCUUCGUGAGAGGUCACGCGUUUGACUGUGUCGCCAACAACAACGGCCAGGACCACGUGACUCUGGUCAUCCCUCUUCCUCAGACGGAAUACAUCCGCAACAAGUGCGAUGUGCAAAUCCUGAAGGGGAUCGGGAACCAAAACAGAUCUGUAGCAACAACAACAAUAGUUGUACAACACCACAGACUGAUACAGACAGCCAGUGAUAGAGUUGUCAGAGUCAGCUGUUAUCUGGACACCAACAACCCAGGUGUGGGACCAGGGGAGCUGCCCCAGCCUGGCAACAAUAUAACUCUCAACUCAUCCUUCUAUGUCAAGGACCCCAUCCCUGUGCAGAACGUGAUAGAAGGUUACGGGAGCUACAACAACGCCACAUAUCCACCUAGUGCGCAGAUGAGGGUGGUGGACGUUGGGCGAGGAGGCGUCCCUGCCUCACAGACUGAACUGGGCGACGAGCUGGAGCUGCAGAUAUUCGUUAACCCUUCCUACAAUGUGACAAAGAUCCGAGCAGGUCAUCUCAUCGCAAGUUCAGGCUCCGGUCAGGACUCCUUGUUACUCCUGGAUUGGCGGGGAUGUCCCCCGGACCCCACAACCUUCCCCCCGCUCACCCCCAGGAACAACUCUGUGCUUGUCGCUCGCUUUCGGGCCUUCAAAUUCCCAGACUCAAACAUCAUUAGGUUCAGCGUGAUACUCACAUUCUGUGUUACUUCUUGUCAACCGACAGAUUGCGGCAACGGGUUGACGUCCUUUGGCAAGAGAAGGCGCCGAUCCCUCACGGAUCUCAUGGAUGAGGACGAGGUGUCUCUGAUGAGCUCUCACAACAGGAGAUGGAGAAGAUCUCUGGACGACAUCAUGGAAGAGAUCCCCUUACAGCUGGAACUUAGGGUAAUGACUCCGGGAGCAAAGAGUGAGGGGUCACCAAACUCCCAGACAGCUGAUAAUGGCACUGACGUCUACACCAGCAGAAGUACUGGGACAGAGCUAGUUUGUGCCACUCUCGGAACAUCAUUCAUGAUCGGAGUAGCAUGGGUGGUCUUGCAGAUCUUGCUUCUGAUUGGCUGCUGCUGUGCCAUCAGUCGCCACGAGAAACGCCAGAGUGAUCGAGUUCGACUGGAGACCGACUUUCAGCCAAAACACGUCAGCUGGGGAGAUGCUCUAAAUACCUCCACUCUUGGGUCUGGAAGAACCCAAGAUCGGAAUCAAUCCUCGGCUGUACGAAGUUGACAGAAAGAGGAAGAAUAAUAGUCAUACAAGACUGCUGAUUUGCCAUCUUAAUUUAUAGUCUAGGGAAUGUACCAUUGUGUAACUUCCUAUGUAGAAUAUGUACUAUAAGUUAAUAACAUUGUCACCUACUUCCACAUCUGAAACAAAACGUCAAUAAGACAUCGGUAAUUAUUUGUCUCCUUUUGAAAUAGUUACCAAUAAAUAGUUCCCUCAAAAUGAAAUAUAACAGUUAGUUUUAGUUUUAGAAGGAAGGAAUUUAAGAUAUAUUUUUAAAAAGCUGUUUAUAAACUUAACCAAAAGUCGCUUCGCUUUUAACAGUACCGGUACUAAGUUUUCAACUUUAAACUGUGAUGUUCCCAAAGUUUACACCUAUUAUUUGAUAUAACUAGAUUGUAAUUAUUUCUAGAUAACCCAGAGAUCACCUAAGAUUUAAUUUCACAUUGUGAUUUCUUUCUUGAUUUUGUAUAAUUUGUAUCUUCAUAUAAUAAAAUGAUACUUUUAUAACAUUAGUUUUGUAAUAAAUAAAGCUUUAAAAAACUACAGUAUUGUAUUUUUGU